GUCGUAUAAGCUGCCAGAGCAUAACCAUGAGCUUUGUAAUACUCGUACUUUAAUGAACAUCAAUUCUCUACACAUGUUUAUCAUUUAAAAAUUAAGCAUCUCACUUUUAUCUUUUUAACAUCACAGAUUCAGCGGUGCCGCCAAGUCCAAUACCUAUGCCCAAAGAGGUUCAACUAAUGCCCAAAGAAAAGGAUAAAGGUUCAACUACACCCAAUGGAGGUUUUAAAAUAGGUAGAGGUCGUGGACAAGGAUUGCGAUCAAUGCUCCCCCAUAACUCUACUAUAGGUACACCUAAUGCCGAAUGCAGAAAAGGAAAUAAUAAUACUGAAAUUACCCCUAAUGGAGGUUUUAAAGGAGCAGUAGCUAAAGUGCGUGAAAAUGUCACUAGCGACUUUGGUGAUUUUACUUCCCAUGAUGUCAUCCUAUGCUUUGAAGAAGCAGAAUACCACGAAAAGGAUUUUGGUGAAGACAAUUGUUUCUUGGAUAUUUUGGCUAUGUGUCAUAAGCUUGUUGAUGUGUACUCCGUUGGGAUAAAGAUAAUUGAUGGAGAUGGGAGGCCACUAAGAUGUGAUCUAGAUGUGACUAAUAUGCUCAAGCAACAUGCAGGUCGUGAAAACAUAUACAUUUAUCUAUACAGGGAUGAUACGCGCCCGCCAUUGUCUUAUACGCUGCCAAAGCAUAACCGUGAGCUAGGUAAUGAUUCACUGGUGCCUCCAAGUCCAAUACCUAUGCCCAAAGAAGUUCAACCGAUGUCCAAGAGUAUGUCCAAAGAAAAUAAUAAGGUUUCAACUUCCAAAAGAAGCAAGAAAAAGGCAAGAGGACGAAAUAAAUGCAAGGAAGUAUUAAAUUUGAAGAAAGGAGAGAAGCUCACAGUGAAAUUUUAUAACACUCGAGUUGUUGGAAAAAACCAUAAAGCUUUCUCAAGGCAUUUGGGAAAAACAAUCCGUAAUCGUCUAAUUUGUCCUUUGGCGGUGACCUCAUGGAAAAACAUUGAUGAAGAUAAGAAAUCUCACAUGUGGGAUUCAGUAACAGAAGCAUUUGAGGGUGAUGAUUUACUAAGCCAUCAAGAUGAUGUCUUUAAGCACAUGCGUGAGUUAUGGAACAAAUGGAGGGGAUGGAUGCAUCUCACAUAUGUCAAGAACAAGACUAUGAGUGAAGCUCUCAAAAUAGUUCCUGAUGAAGUAAUUAAGGAUGAUUGGGAAUGGUUGGUGAAGGAUUAUUACUUUACUCCACAAUAUAAGGAAAGGAGUAAGCGAGCUUCAAAAAAUAGAAGUCAUUUAACAAUGCUUCACCGUAUGGGUAGCAUGCCUGUGAGAGAGGUUAUUUAUGAAAUGGGAGGUAAAGACGAUAAUCCACCUGAUAUGGGAGUUAUUUUCUAUGAAACUCGCAAGAAAAAGGAUAAACUUGUCGAACCAGAGACUAUUCAAAAAUAUGAGGAGAUAUGUGAGGUGGUGCAAUCAAACCCAUCUUUACCAAAUGUUGAUGUGGUUGAGAAGUGUUUUGGACCUCAAAAACGCAGUCAUGUAAUUUGUCAUGGAGGUGGGGUGACUCGGAAGUAUUUGAAGGGACCAUCUUGUAAAAAGGCUGAACUUGAAGCCAAAUUGAAUGUCAAAGAUGAAGAAAAUCGCUACUUGAAGAAUCGUCUAAAUACAUUAGAGGAUGAGUUCCUAAAGAUCAAGGAGAUGCUGCAAAGUCAAGAGAAAAGCUAGACAUUAACCCUUGACAGUAUAUCUCUAGUUUUAUUUUAUGUUUAGAAACUUCAAACCUAACGUAACGUAUCAUCUACCUCUUAUUUUUUUUUGAGAUACUUUGAUGUGCUGAAGAAUCUGCUAAGAUUUAGUUUUUGUUUGUUUUUGAAACACGUUGAUCUUGCUACAUUUGAAUAUUUAAUCAUUAGUUUUCAAUUUGCUUUA